GAAACCAAGGAGCUCUUCGUCUUCCUCCUUCUCCUCCUCCUUCCUGCUUCAAAAAAUUUGCAGAGCUAGCUGCUAGGGCACAAGAAAUCCAGAAUCGCUCGGCUCCAUUUUCGGGUGGAGGGAUUUCGAAUUCCCGGGAGGCCCUCCGAAUCGGUGCGCUUGGUUCGGCCUCUCCCCCCCCCGCCUCCUCCGCCGCCGUCUCGAUCGAAUUCGCCGGCUUCCUCCCCGCCUUUUCGUCCAGGUUCAAAAUGGCAAAAAUCAAGAACACUGUGGAGGGAACCCAGUUCCCGGCUACCCAGGAUUCGUUGUGCAUAUUGGGAUCUGGCACAUUAAAGGCAUCCCAAGUUAGACAAUCUAAGAAGAAGAAGAAGCAGCAUUGCAAUGCAUUUGAAAAGAAGGCGUGGGACCAAGCUACCUGCUCAGUGUGUAUGGAGUACCCUCACAAUGCUGUACUACUGCUAUGUUCUUCCUAUGACAAAGGUUGUCGACCAUACAUGUGUGCAACUGGGCGUCGCUAUUCGAAUUGUCUUGAGCAAUACAAGAAGGCUUACACAAAAGUGACAGAAGUACCAAGCACACAUGAGGGGAAUGGAUCGACCCCAUGUGCUAGUUUCAGUUGUGAGCCGACCAAUGAAAAGAUAGAAAUCUCUGAGCUUUUGUGCCCACUUUGCCGGGGACAGGUGAAAGGCUGGACAGUGGUGGAACAGGCACGCAUGUAUUUCAACACAAAGAAAAGGACCUGCAUGCAUGAUAAGUGCACGUUUCUUGGCAGCUAUAAGCAACUAUGUAAGCAUGUCAAGAAGGAGCAUCCAUCAGCACGACCACGGGCUGUGGACCCUUUACUUAAGGAGAAGUGGAAGAUGCUUGAGCAGCAAAGAGAGAGGAACGAUGUGAUUAGUACAAUUAUGUCAUCAACACCAGGUGCAAUAAUGCUUGGGGAUUAUGUGCUGGAGCCAAACCAUCAGGACUCUUUCUCUGAUUAUGACUCAGAAGAAUAUUCAGAUCGUGAUAUGUUUCCUUUGGAGUCUUUUGGAAGAAAUUAUAUCUCGCAAGCUCAUAGAAUGUAUGGGAAUGAUUAUGACUCAUCGAGAGGGAACGGUAUUUCUUCCUUUCGGUCCGGUCGUAUUUCCCGGGGGGUAGUAUUGACAAGUCGAUCAAGAAGGCAGCGAAGGAAUAGAAUGUUUUAACUGAAGUAGGUGAAGUAUAUUAGAGUAGAGUGGUGAGAAGUGGCAUGAUCUAAGCUUUUCUCUAGUUACUUCCUUGCUGCCAAUGCUUUUUUGCGCCAUCGGAUAGGGUCUUAUUCAUUUUGGUAUUGUUCAUAUCAUUGGAUAGGUGGGACAGCCAAGAAACCAAUUUUUUUUUAUCUGAAGGAGAAAACCAUUUUUUAUCAGUA